UCUUGCGGAAGGGUGUGAUGGUGGUAGUUGUAGGUAAGGGGUGGAUGCAUUGACCUACCAACUAACUCGUCAGUCACAGCCACCACAUACCUUCCUACCAUUAGCACUUCCAUUUCUUGAUUUGUCCACAGCAGCCAGGCUCGCCCGCCACUCUCUCACUCUCUCUCUUCUUCAUUCAGGCCAUCGCAGGUUCCGUGAAAUUUGUAAGCUCGUACUCUGCCUUGUCCUGCCCUUUUACUUCCGUUGUGCUGUGUUUGAUCUGAUGUCCUCAACGGGUGUUCUGGAUUUCCCUUUUCUUGUUUCACUUUGAUCACCAGCAAAUGGCGAAAGAAGGGGCGACCCAGGACGAGGAGGUUGUUCUCGGGGAAGAAAUUGAUCAUGUCAGGGUGAUCACCUUAAACCAGCCUCGCAAAUUGAAUGUUAUUUCGUCUAGAGUGGUUUAUCUGCUGGCUGAAUACUUAGAGAGAUGGGAGAAAGAUGAAAAUGCACAACUUGUGAUCAUCAAGGGAACUGGUCGAGCUUUCUCUGCUGGUGGAGAUUUGAAGAUGUUCUAUGAUGGCAAAAAAUCAAAGGAUUCCUGCCUGGAAGUUGUCUAUAGAAUGUACUGGCUUUGCUAUCACAUCCAUACCUACAAGAAAGUCCAGGUUGCUCUUGUCCAUGGAAUCUCAAUGGGUGGAGGGGCAUCUUUAAUGGUUCCAAUGAAGUUUUCAGUUGUCACAGAAAAGACGGUUUUUGCUACUCCAGAAGCGAGCAUUGGGUUUCACACUGAUUGCAGUUUCUCAUAUGUGCUUUCCCAUCUCCCUGGACGGCUGGGUGAAUACUUGGCUUUAACUGGUGCAAGGCUGAAUGGCAAAGAAUUGGUUACAGCUGGACUAGCAACUCAUUUUGUCCCUUCUGAGAAACUUCCUGAGGUGGAGAAGCGUCUGAUGAGUUUGAAAUCUGGGGAAGAGGAUGCUGUCAGGUCUGCAAUUGACGAAUUUGCAGUAGAAGUUCAGCUUGAUGAAGAGAGCAUCCUGAACAAGAAGGCAUUAAUUGACGAGUGCUUUUCAAAGGAUACUGUUGCGGAUAUCAUAAAAUCAUUGGAAUCUGAGGCAAGCAAAGAAGGAAAUGGGUGGAUAGGACCGGUGCUCAAGGGGCUAAAGAGAUCAUCCCCUACAGGACUGAGAAUGACCCUAAGAUCGAUCCGCGAAGGCCGCAACCAGAAGCUUUCUGAAUGUUUGAGAAAGGAAUUUAGAUUAACAAUUAACACUCUACGAAUGGUGAUAUCUGAAGAUGUAUAUGAGGGAAUCAGAGCUCUUACUAUAGACAAGGACAAUUCUCCCAAGUGGGAUCCGCCGACUCUUGAUAAAGUGGAAGACGACAAAAUCGAUCGCGUGUUCCAGCCAUUCCAAGAGGAUCUUGAGCUCCAGAUCCCAGAACAGGAAGAAUGCAGGUGGUCUGGGAAAUACGAGAGCACGCCGUAUCCAGCCAUGCAAGCAACGAAUGUGACGAGUUGAAAUUUCUCAAGAUUUAUGGCUUCUGAUCUCUCACGACAUGUUUCCCUCAAGAUGAUGGAGUGAACCGUGAUGUAGUGAAGUGGUCGUUGGAGAAAGCAAAUGAAAAGUGCCUAGUCUGAAUGCGCUAUGGCGAGCCUUACUAUCUGAUAGGAUCGGUGUACUCAGAACUUCAGAACUUCCGUUACUGUUUAAGUUGCAUUUCAAGAAUAUGAGUUGUGACAGAAUCCAAACUCAGAAAAUUCUAAUAAUCGCCCACAGGUUAUCUCAAUAUUGCGCAAUCUGGCAUGGCAGCUCUCAAAGAGGCCAAAGAGAAAUACUGCCCAUUGGCUUGUCCGUA